GCUGCUACGAGCAAGACUACACAGGCAGUAUGGCGGAGGAGGGCAGUGGGUGCGAGUUAGAGGGGCUAGAAAAACAAUUAGAGAGUUUGUUGGGCCGCUACUCAAGUGAAGAAUUGCAGGCCGACAGUAAGCCUUUCUGCUCCGACUUUUGCGAGCUGGUGGAGCAGCAUGCCUCUGGCUGGCAGGUGCCGCUGCCUCAGCUCAGGAUCCUUGAGAAAGCUCUCCGCUACUUCGCCCGAGCCUCCACCUUCUUCACGUCAAACUGUGAUCAUGUUCUUCACACACUCAGCAGUCUGGCUUUGAGUGUUUUUGAGUUGCUGCUGUUCUUUGACCAGAAGGACUUCCAUCAGGAGCCACUGAAACACUUCACUGUUACGUUCCAGGAAUGUCACUUGUCCCUUGCGAGGCAUCAGAAUGUACACUUACUUCAGGUGGAGCGAUCGGUUCGGAGCGGCGGGCCUUGGGCCGGCCCAGCUUUACAGGCAAUCCUCAGUGAGUCCAGCUUACCUCAGAGUGAAGUGGAUGUGUGCGUCAGCUCUGAGCUGCCGGUGUUCUUCGAGCUGCGGGUGCGCUACCUCUUGUCCUGUGAGCGCGUCAGCGAAGCGUUGGCGCUGGCUAAGUGUUGUUCUCGGCAUCCCACCGCAGGACAACACCUGUUCUUCCUCCAGGUCUACCUCACGUGGCUUUUCAAAACCUCGCAGCAUGACCGCCUACAUAAAGAGCUGGCUGACUUUAACGGUAAAGAUGCAAUUCACAUCAUCUGCCGUUUGGAGUGUGAGGAAAAGGAUGAGGUGCUCCUCGCUCUCAGCAGAGUCUUUCUUUCCCAGCAGCUACGCAGAGGAUACAUGUACUACUUGUGUGAUCUCGUCUUCGUGUGGAGUAAACUUCAUAAUCGAUUGAAUACAUCCAAGCAAGUUCUACUUGAGGAGAGUCAUCAGCUGCUGUCGUCUGCCAGCAAUGUCAACUCAAUCUUCCCGUUCAUCAGAGCCGUACUGCAAGAGCUGGGUGAAGAUGGUCUCCAGUUCUGCGUGGAGCUCUGUGCUAACGCGCUGGGUUCUUGCCGUCCCUGCGAUGUCAAAACAAAGUCCCUCAUCUACAAAACCAUCGCCGGCCUGCUACCCAAUGACCUAGAGGUUUCCCGGGCCUGUGCUCUUCUUGUCUUCUUCCUCGAACGCACCGUUGACACCUACAAGAUGGUGUACCUUCUUUACAUGCAUCCUGAUCAGGACUACCACGUGGAGCACAGCCCCAUCAGAAACCACAUUCGCUUUGAAACCCUGCAGGUCUUGAAGAAGGACCUGUGUUUUGACCCAGAGUUUUGGAACCUCAUUGCUCUGCGGUCCAACUGUUUGAAGCUGCUGAGCGACAAGGUGGAUAGCAGUGCUCUCGAGGAGAUCAUGGAGGACAAAUGGAUCCUGAGCUAUCGCACCAAAGAUCCUGCUUCUCGAUCGAGAAAAUCAGUGUGUCAGAAAGGAAGUAAGGGGGCAGGAGCCAAAAAGCGGCACCACAAAGAGGAUACCGACACGGCAUCUAAGAGAAUAAAGGGCACGGGCAAAACACGGCUAAAUGACCACACUGUAAAGAAGAAGGGGAACCAAGGGUCGCCAUCAUCGGAGCCUUUGAGGCGGUCAUUUUGGCAGCUAGACAGACUGCAGGACAAUGUAGCCGCAGAGUAUGGGGAACUUAGACGGGCUACACGGCUCUCAGAGAAAAACCCAGCGAAACGGAAGAUUAGAAAACCCAAGUGGCUUCUGGAAGACUCGGGAACUCACGGAGGAAAUAAUGUUCCUAGGAUUAAAAAGCAUGGGUUGAAACAUCAAAAGCACUCCGUCGUUAGGAGGUCUGAAUCUGGUGACCUCAAGAACAAUUCCAAACACAAACUCUCUCAUUUAAAGGACAAGAAAAACAACGGCAAGCAGAAGAAAGGGUUUCCGUUGGACUCAGUUAAACCAUCCGCUGCUCCACAAGUAGUUCUUGAGCUUUCGCUACCAGACAACGAGCUGAUGGGAACAUUUACUGAGGACUCGUUCAACAGACAAAGAGGUUUCCCUCAAAUGCUUUUUUACAGACCUACAAUGAAGGUUCCUGCCUCGUCGCAACCUGUGAAGCCUGUACACGGCAAAGAGGUGGUUCUCAGAGCACGGGAUUCAGCCAUGUUUCUACAGCAGCUGCACUGUUAUGCUCGGCGGAGGAAAGGUAGAGGCAGCGCUGUGAAUAUUCAAGGCUCGGUGUCCACCAUCACACGCUCUUCUGUGCAGGGAAGUCCCCCGAAAGACCCGCAGAGAGAGCUCAGUGAGAAGCCUGCCGCUGACGUUAAACCUGGAAACACCUCGCUGACACCGGCAAAAGUUGCGAAAUCCCCGGUUUCGGAAAAAGUCCCUCAAGCUCCAACUUCAAAAGCAGUCCCACGAAAGAUAUUCUCGGGAAGAGAACUCUCCAAAAAGUCUGCUGUUGAGAUGAAAGUUAACAAUGUUUCUACACCAGCGAAAACUGAAGUUACCGAAGUCCCAAUGUUGGAUAAGGUCCUGCAAGCUCACACGAUAUCUUCAGAGAAAGAGCUCUGUGAAGAGUCUGCAGUCGAGAUGAAAGUCACGAUAGCAUCAACGGCGUCUGAAGUGACUCAACCUUUAGGUUUGGGAAAAGGCUGUAAGGCUGAAAAGAUAAAAGACGCUUCCAAAACAACUCCACCUGAGGUCUCGCAGACGCUAGUUACUGAUAAAAUCCCUCCAGUCUCAAAUACAGCCACGGUUUCAAUCAUUGGAGCUGCUGAUCGAACGCCCUCAGAGUCCCUGGAAGUGAAACCAGAGCUGAAGUUACUCUCUCCUCAGGCGGAAACGAGCAAAACUCCCGUGGCCCAAGCUGACACCACAGAGAUGCUCCCCACUGUCGACAACAGCAUUUGCGUCGUGGAUAUUGCAGAUGUUUCCCUCUCAAAAGCACCGGUGCCUGGUGAAAAUGAUACACAUGGAGGAUCAAUGGUCACACCUGCUGAUAAAGACAGUUUAAAGGACAUAUCUGCUCUGACGUUAGUAACAGAAGUGGUGAGUGAACUUGCACCCGAGGCCCUGGCUCGAGACCUGGAGAAUCACAAACAGCCAGCUCCACAGGACGGCUCCUCUACGAAGUUGGUGGUGAAAAGGAAAUCUAGAGUUCCUCGCAAGUUCCUCAAGACCUCCAGCAGCUCUGGGCUCUCUGACGUGAAGGAAGAGGGAUUUCCCUUUAUUGAUCUGGAAACACUUGAUGAAAGCGAACUACCAGAAACCGAGGAAUCAAAGCUGGAGUUCUGUUGUACCUUCUGCAACAAGACCUUUAAGGGGAGUGUUGUCAUAGCACACGCCAUGUUCCACUAUCGCAGGGACGAGUGCAUGUUCUGCGGGACGAUGUUCAAAGACGACCUUCUGGCCAUGAUGCACCUGUCCGACCACAUAGAGAAGCUGAAGAGGAGCAAAGAGUCGGCCGCUCAAGUAAACUCCGUCUCUAAAACCAAAAACGUCUCCACAAUUAAGACCUCUUCCAAAGCCAAGACCCCGCGCAUGUCUUCACGGCGCCGCAGUAGUGAGAGACAAAGGAGAUCCACAGACUCUUCUCAAUCAAUAAGCCUUCCAGAUUCACCCCCGUCCAGAUCCAGAGAGUUGAGAUCCAAGUCAGUGGACGGUGGAUCUUUACAUGAAAAGAAAGAAAACUCUUCAAAGCACCUUAACAGUAAAAGCCCUGUUCAGAAGGUAAAUGGGCAUAUUAUAUUCAAAAAGGAAGAGCUUGGUAGACCGAGGAAGGACGCGGGAGCUAAGCCAACAAAGCAGGAGACUUCUCCAGGAAGAACAAAUGAUAAAGCCGAGAGUCCCAGGUUACAAGAAAACCAAGACUCCACAAAAGAAAGUAGGAAAAUCGUUGAGAAAAAUGUGGAGGAAAAAGAGAGACUAUGCUGUCCGGUGAAGGGGUGCGCUUGGUUUACAGACCAGUCAAAAAAACGUGUUGCGCUCCUUUACCACGCUCUCGAAGAUCACAACGGCGAGGAGAACGUUUUACACCUGGCCUUCCGUGUAGGAGACGGCAAAUGUAGCAGCUGCAUGAGGGUCAUGUGGAGUUUUGAACAUUUUCAGCACCACGUGGAAAGACACCGGCUCGCUCCUCGGCAUCCUUGCCUCCAUCAGGGAUGCGCGGCCAGGUUCAAAACGGGGAUAGAAAUGCGACGCCACACCAGGAAGCACAGUCCGCUGCAGGCAGUGUGCUGCCUCCCUGGCUGCUCGCAACUCUUUAUCUGUCUCUGGGCACUGAAUCUUCAUGAGAGAGAGCACUACGCUUCCAAAUCCACUAAAGCAGACAAGAACACCAAUGAGCAAACGGGAGACAAACACAAUAACACUCUGCACGGGAAGAAACAGCCAAAUCAUAAGCCAAAAACUGCUGCAAAUAAAUCUGUGAGUGUCAGAUCUGCUCGUAAAUUAAGAGGAGACGCCACACAUAAUUCGUCAACAGAAAAACCAGCUGAGUCUGUUCAGAAAGAUGAGUUGAAAGAGAAAAAGGAGACCAAGGACUCACACGUAUUAAAGAAUCUCUCUAACAAGGACACUUGCACACAGCCCGCUGGCCCUAAUCUCAGAUUAAGGCACAUGUUGAGAAAAGUAAAAAACACAACCAGAAGUCACAGAGUCAUCUCAUCUGCGUUAAAACACAAUAUCAAAGUGAGGCACAAGUUCAAGAAGAAGGAGGUCAAAGUCGACACAAAAGGUCCGAAAAGAAGAGGGCGUCCUCCGAAGGCAAAGGUGGCUGUGCAUGAUGAGAACACGACUGAUGCUCCAAACAGUCAAACUGUGGUGGAAACGACUAAAGCAGAGAAGAUCGAGUCAAAAGAAGAAGAAAAGAGUUUGCACGUCCAGGAUGUUGCACAAAUUACAGAAACGUCAAUCAACGAAUCAAAGUCUAAGAUAAACAAGCAGAUGAAGAAGAAUCAUGUUAAACAAAACAACAUCUCUACAGCUAUUGUGGCAGUUAACGGCUUGAAUCAAGAAAUCAGCACCACCUCUGCAGACAAAGUGCGGAAUAAAGUAAAGAAACGCGGCGCUGCCACAGGAAGCGGUGGCCUAACUGCUCCUUCGGACUCAAAGAAGCUUAAGGUUACGGAAAAAAAAGCCAAUGCAAAGAUUGUCAGGAAGAAGACUCCUGUCAAAGAACCAACGUCGAUCUCCUCUAACUCUGUGCCUGCUAACGGUUUGAAUCUCAUCACCGCACCACCCAACACCUCAGGAGAGAAAACACAGACGGUAGGAAAGUCAAGGAAACCACAAAAGAGAAAAGAGGAAAAGCAGGACCAAAUUCGUAAAAAAGUUGAUAAGAAAAUGCCCAAGGGAUGCAAAGAUGUGAGCAAAGCAUCUCUGCUAAAGAAGUCCAAACCUGCAGAGAAACAGGCUAGCACAUUAGCAGAGAGCGCUACUGGUGUGGGAGAUACAGAAACACAGAAGGGAACAACGGAGGAAAACUCCAUUCACCCCAACACAGCAAAUAAGAAGCGCAAGAAUGUACAAGAGGAAGGUGACGCAGAGAUUGUCAAGAAAACGUGCCAAGAUCAGAGUGGUGCAUCAGCGUCUGAGGAGCCUGUGAACACUGAGGAGAAGGAGGUGAAAGCAGAGGAGAGGGCUCUAAAGGAAGAGGAAACACAGAGCUCUCUACCCAGCAGCCCUGGUUACACUCUACUGAAGAACGGACAAGCAGCAAAGGAAGUGAAACAGGAAGUUCUUCCAGGGUACGGUAGGAGGCCGUAUGUGCGUCCCCCACCGACUGCAUACCUGGAUGAGAAGUACAUCACCAUGCCGAAGCGGAGGAAGGAGCUGUUCUCUCAGUCGCCUCAGAAGAGCCCCCCCCCUCUGCAGACCUGCGCUGCAGCGUCUCCGCAGAGACAACGCUGCGCCAACUGCUUCGUGACCUUCAACAGCGCCGAGGAUCUGCAGGGUCACCUCAAGCUGAAGAAGUGCUCCAACCUCUUUGGAUUCGACUCCGACGACGAGGGCCACAUUUUUUAACGUCUUUUUUUAAAGAAGUCAGAGUGACUUUUGGAGGGAUAACAAAGACCCGCACGGACCUCUCCGGAUGACCUACUCCCCGAUGUUGGCAAGGACUCGUGCAUCUGGAAGACCUGAAGGGUUGUCCUGACGUUCCCUGCAGCAUAUGCCUGUAACACAAGGCCCGGGAGCGGCCGUGGGAAAACCGCUCGAUAAAAGACAACUGGACUGAAAGCCAGUCAGACCGUUAGCAGUACAGCGAAGUGCCUGCUCUGGAUCCGCCGUGCUGGUUCCAGCUGCUUCCUGGAGAUUAAUGUGGCUUAAAAAGACUUCUGAAAGCUGUGAAACAAAAACUGAUGUUGAGACUGCUCCUGCUAUCAUCACCAUUCAUAUUUUUCACAAGCCAUAUAAUGUUUGCUUUUUGCACUGUUCUCAUAAUAUUCUUUCUGCUUAAACCCUCAACAAAUCUUAUUUUAACACCCUAUAUUUUUCCUAAUCUUUGAACAUUUGUAAAAUUGCUGUAUGGAAAAUGUAUACUUAUUGUUUAAAUACUUCACACAUCCCUAUGGGGUUAAGUCUAAGCUAGUCUUCACCAGUAGGGGGGAGUGUGCACCAAUCUCUGCAAAACGCAACAUAUUAUUAUUUGCAAUUGAAGGAUUUUACCAUAGGAUUUUAUACCAAGCUGCUCCACGGUAUUUCACUGGACGGACUUCCUGUCAUCAAGCUAUAUUUUUUUAGCAAUAACAAUGUGCCAGUGUCUCUCUCUCUCUCUCUCAUCUGAAAAUGUUCUGUGUUUUAUUCACUGUGAGUGGAGCAGCUAACAAAUAUUAUAUGUCCUCACCUAGCCAUAGAUGUUAUCUUUACUGUCUAUAAACACUUUUUCUCUUUUAAGGGGAAUGUUUGUGCAAACCACAGUUUACCGUUUUUCAAUAUCAGCAGCAGCAGGAAGUUAUAUUUAUUUAUGUUUUAUUUUCUAUCUUUUGUAAAUAUUUGAAGAGUUUCAAUGGCUUAUUAUAUAAGGGGGUAUUGGAUCUGGGUUUAUAUUUUGUUCUUCAGGUAAAAAAUAAAACUGAUUUCAAAUUGCAA